AUGGCUGUUUUCCUAUUAUCCAUCUUUGUUUUGACGUUCCUUUUACUGCAAUGUUUUAAAAGACGUUUUGAUCCUAAACAGGUAUGAAUUACAGUAAAAUUAAUUUUCUUCUUUCCAAAAAUUGCUUUCAGAUAGUUGGAUUGAUCCCUGAGAACACAGACUUGGUCGAGUUCAUCGCCAAUUUGAAGAAUAAACGAGUCGAGAAUCCCCGACUUUGCUACGAAACUUUUGCUGACUAUGAUUUUCCGGUAUGUUGAGUUCUGUAAUUAGUAGUAAUAUCUUUAGAUCUAUGAUGACUGUCUGUUUGAGCCAACUAUUGAACAAGAAGGAUUCACGCCAUCAAUUCCACAGGCCGUCUUACAGUAUGCCAAGAAAGAUGAAGUCGUAAAUUGGCAACAAAACACAACAAGCAUGUCUUGUAAGCGAGAAAUUAUGACUAAAGUGAUAUAUGUAAACGUAUACUAUAGCCCCACUGUCUCUAACCGCGGAUGGUGAUUGCCACGAGGAAGAGGAUAAAUAUAUGGUAGACAUCUGGAAGGCGUUAUCUGAAGUAAACGACGAAAAAGAGACCAUCGGAGUGCUCGAAAAGUAUGGGAUCGGCUUCGAUGGAAAUGUUUUGGCAGCCGAAGAUGAUGACAGAACAGCCGAGGACACUAAACUAUUGGAUUGGGGAAGGAAAGAAGAGCUGAAUGUAAGUAAUCAGCUCGAUUAUAAGCUCUUUAGAUUGUGAAUACUCCAAACAAAGCGGAAACAGAGGUCGAGAUUGAUCCAGAAAAGUCAUAUGUGGUGAUGUCCAAAGCCAAAUAUCGAAUUACUGAUGGCUGGAACCAACCGAAAGACAAGCAGUACCUAUUCAAACCAUAG